GAGGUUGCCUUCCUCAGACAAUAAGAUUGUUCCUAGUUUGUCAUCAGUUCAUUUCACUUAUUGUUUUCAUGACAAUUUUAAUCAUCACAAAUUGCAUCUGAUUUGGCCUGUACGUGCUAAAUAUAAGACCAACGUAGGCAUUUGGUUCGUUUUGUGGAGCAACUCAGCACCCGAGAGUAAUCAGUCGAAAUUGUACUGAACAAUUUAGGCAGACGGCGUUAAAAUGAAGCUGUUGGUGAUCUGUUUGCUUCUUAUUUUCCAUUCUUUUCACUACGAAGCGCUAUCGGGUCAAUCUCACAAACAAUAUCUCUCUGAUCUGGAACAGUUUCAUGUGCAAAUGUUCAAGGAAAAACUGCUGAAAGAGCUUGGAUUGUCUUCAGUCCCAGAUAUCUCCAAAGAACAAAUACCCAAGUUUCCGAAGUUUUUCAAACAUUACCUCGAAUCGGAACUGAAGGACUUUGCUGCAAAACAUACUGAUUCGAACGACCUGAAGACUGGGAACGAAGAGCUGUUUUUAUUUGCUAAGCGAGUUGCUUCACUACCAAAUGGAGGUGGAAUGAAUUACCUCUUCCAUUCGAGAUCCAGAAAUUCCAAUCUGAAGAUCAGAUCUGCAACUCUAUGGAUUCGCCUCAAAGAAUCACUCCCUACAUCGGUUGAAAAAAAACCGAACGACAGCAACGGUGAUUUGCAACUUUACAAGAAAUACAUAUCAGCAGCAAAAAGUGGUCAGUCUAACAUGACGAGAGAGCUUUUCCACUCCGAAGGUUUGAAGGCGGCUGCUGGCUGGCAUAAAGUAACAGUUACCAGUACGGUGCAAGAAUGGUUCUCUCUUCAUUUAGACGAUGAUCUCGAAUUGGAUGUUGAAAUGAAAGGAUUACCAUCUCUGAUAAUAGGGGAUGUUAGCGACCAGGCUACCGGGCAAACACUUCAGCCAUUUCUUGCAGUUGAAGCUGUAGAGAAGCAGCCCUUAGACCGAAAGAGAAGAAAUAUAGUGUUAAGAAACUGCUCCACUACCCCCCCGUUAACAUGCUGCUUACAUGAGUGGAGAGUUAAUUUCUCCGCAAUCGGCUUGGAUUUCGUGCUCUUUCCCAAAUCUACAACUGUUAAUUUCUGCGCUGGUAGCUGUGAGUCUUCCGGUUUGUACCGGCCAUCAGCUGCCGCUCGACUGAAUAUGAUAAGACAAAGCCCCCAUGGCCGUAGGGCGAGUGAUCUGCGGCGUCUACAAUGCUGCAAGCCACUUGUCACGGAAAGCGAGGCAUUAAUGAUUGUACUGGAAAACGGAACACUUUCUCGUCAUUUGGUCCACAAAAUGAGAGCGAAAUCUUGCCAGUGUGCUGUUUAGUAACUGGUUACGACAAAUCUAGGAACACACUCGAUACUUGUGGUGACAUAAGAAAAAUCAUGGCUGCAGCUUCUGUAAAGUGGAAAGUAAAAUGUUUCGAAUAACCUUGUAUUCCUAGAGUUAGUGUCCUUUCGCGUGAAAUUAGCGAAAUGUUUUUUCUUCUAACAAGUUUUUGUUUGAACAAAGCCAAUCAGGGCGGCUGUAGUGGUGGCUAGUUGUACGAUAAAUUACUGACGGGUUUGCAAUUUGAUACUUUUUCUCAGAGUUUUAAUGUAAGAAGAGGUUUUGGGUGUUGUUCUUUUACUUUUUGUCAUACUGAUUCUCGUCUAUUGCACAUGACCUGUCAAGUCCUCUUGAAUCAAACCACCGAGUACAUUCCGUUGAGAAUUUUAAGCAGAUCGUUUGUAGUUUGGAAUACAUUUCGAUAAUGUUACUAUUC